UGGUACUUACCAGACCAGUUCGUAAACAGCAGCCUCUUGGAGCUGUGUUCUAUUUCUAUAUAAGAGGCUUACCUAAUCCAGAUGUAGCUGCCGGGCUUUCAGCCGCUCUGGGUCACGGCGAAUGCAAGUCGCGCGUCUGGGCUGCAGCUUACAGUUAAAACAAGACAAUUCCGCCGCAAAACAAGUAAGUAAUUCAGUACUUCCACCCGCCUGCCGCCGAAGCUGAAUUGUAUAAGUGUCAGAAGUUUGGAACAGCGAAAUCUCGAAUGCAUUGAGAAGCGUCUGUUAAUUCCUCACACCCAGUGUACCUCAUGGCGAAGGUCAGAGUGGCUUAUGAGUAUUCUGAAGCAGAGGAUAAAACCAUCAGACUCGGAUUCUUUCUCAUCGUCGCGGGAAUCAUUUCCUUGUUCAUCCUUGGGUUUUGCUGGUUAAACCCCACGCUAAACAGCAUGCAGUGUAAGGCUGCCAACUGCACCGUUGUGUCGUUGCGGCAGAUCGGGGAGAUGUCUGAGUGCACUUUUACAUGUGGGACAGAUUGCAAAGGGACGUCGCUCUAUCCCUGUCUCCAGAUCUUCGUCAACAAUUCCCAGUCAAACAGCAGAGCGCUGCUCCAUUACGACGAGAAACAACUCCUCUUGAAUCCCAAGUGUUCCUACAUCCCCCCUUGUGAGAGAGACAAUCAGAAAAACUCAGAAAAUGUAAUGAGUUGGCAUGAUUAUUGGAAGGAAGAAAUCGGCUCUCAGUCUUUCAUUUGCUACAUUAAUCGUCAACGAAGACCCGAUGAUGUGCUUUUGAAGAGAGCCCGUGAUGAAAACGUUCUGAUGCACUGUAUGCUCUGGCCCCUCCUCACUCUCCUGGUGGGAGUCCUGAUUGUGCUUCUGACUGUCUGUGCUAAGAGCCUUGCCGUUCGAGCAGAAGCCUUGCAGAAAAUGAAGUACUCCUAGUGAGGAGACUGCCAAGAGGUGAUCCUCAGGAAGCUUUCCAACAGUGACAUGAUCAACGUCGCAUUCAAAGGCAAAUCUUUAACAAGAAAGACCUGAAAAGAUUUUAAUCUCAAGCAUCAAUUUACAACGUUUACUGUGAUUUGAGCUGCUGUGAAGACUAAAGAACUGAUGAUUAUAAAUGCUUGCAAUUUGGCAUUAAGGUUCUCUUGCAAUAUUACCAAUGAAAGCAGCAGUUCUAAUGGAUUUUAACCAUUUCCUUCCAGUUAACCUACCCUGCAAUUAUCUUGUUUCCCAGAAUAUAUUGCUAGUUUACUGCAGCCCCAUUUUGUGAACCUCGAAGUGGCACGGUAGCAUGGUGGUUAGCACAACGCUUUACGGUAUCAGGAUCAAUCCCUGCUGCUGUGUGUAAGCAGUUUGUAUGUUCUCCCUGUGACUGCGUGGGUUUCCUCCCACCAUCCAAAGUUGUGCCGAAUGGUAGGUUAAUUGGUUGUCGUAAAUUGUCCCAUGAUUAGGCUCAGGUUAACUGGAGGGCUACUGGGCAACGCAGAUCAAAGGGCUGGAAGGGCCUAUUCUGCGCAGUAUCUCAACAAGAAGAUAGAUAAAUAAAUACAAUGCUCCCAGAAUCUUUCCUACUGCUAUCUUUUUAAAAAGUCUCUACUUUGUAAAUAUGUAAAAUAAAAUUAUUAAUGGA